AUGCAAGAUGGAGAAGCUCAUCGACGCCUCUCAUUUGCUGAAUCGAUUCUGCUGGAAGACCAUUUUGGUAACAAUCCUCUAAGUGUUGCUCUAUCAUACGGCUUUGAAGAAGUAUCAAGGGGCUUCAUUGAGUUUCUACACCACAAUGGCGGUCAUGACAGUCAUAUUUGGAGAUCAGUGUCAAGAUCCCUCCUUGCUGUUACUGUCAGCGGUACUAACCCAAAUUCGGAAUUCUUGAGAUACCUUUCCGCCGUAAAGUCGGACGUAAACCAUCAAGGGUUCGCCGGGGAGACCGGCCUUUACAUGGCGGCAAGCUAUGGAGAUACGGAAUUAGUGGAAUGCCUCUUGGAUCUGGGCGCUAGCACUGCGGUAGCCGAGAAAGCCAAUGGUUGGACACCUUUAAUUGCUGCUUCGGUGGAGGGGCACAUGGAUGUUGUUGAAAUUCUUCUUCAGGCCGGUGCUAGCGUGGGACAUAAAGAUCAUCGGGGCUGGACUGCACUAGACCACGCCGCUUUCCGGGGUCACAUUAGACUGUCACGGACAUUGAGACAGUCGGUAUCCCCCGGCACUGCUUAUUACACGCCGUCUAAUCUAGAGGCUUCACCUACUGCCUCUCGGAAAAUUCCGAUUGUGACGAGUCAAUGUCUGAUUCUCGUCAAUCUGGGGUCUUUUGAUUCAAAGAAAAGUGUUGAUCCUACUAGCCGCAGUCCUUAUCAUUUUAACGAUGAGUCGAUUGCGGAAUCUGAGGCCGAGUUGUCAAUUCAAAUCUCGCUCAUAGGCAGUCAGGGACCGGCCUAUACUGUUGAGUUGCCUAUAUUAGAGGAUAUGACGAACAAGCCGUGGGCGUUCUAUACAAAUGAUCUUGGCAAUGCCAUAUUAAUGUUCAAAAUCAACCGCAAAAGCGUAACCGCAGACAAACUCGAGCGAUAUGAACACAUUGGCAGCGCUGUUGCACUUGUGGACAAUCUCAAGCAGGCCUUGGGAUCAACCAGAGAGAGUCUCAUUCGAGACUACACAAUACCUAUUCUGUCAAUGGGGUCUCAUGAGAACAUCGGGGCUCUUGCUUUCAGUUUUCUUGUGGUGAAGCCCUUCACACAGCCAAAUUUCUCUCUACCAGCAAGAGAUACGCUCCUGAAAAAUGGCGGACGAACCAAAAUUUCAUUUCUCACGGCCAUGGAUUUAGGUGCAGAUUGGGUAGAGCUCGAUGUUCAAUUGACAAAGGAUCACAUACCUGUUGUAUAUCAUGACUUUCUUGUUAGCGAAACAGGAACAGAUGCAUGGAUGCAUAAUUUAAGUCUUGAACAGUAUAUGCAUAUCAGCAACUCUCAAUCAAAACCGCAAAGACCGUCUGUAAUAGAUGUUUCCCCACGAAAGCCGCGAUCGUAUUCUCUGGAUGCAAGCAAUGAUUACAGACCCAUGCAUCUCACAGAGCAAUUGAAGCAAACUUUCGAGUUCAAACAAAAGGGGUUCAAGGGCAACAUUAGAGGGAAAGUCAUUCAACAGUCAUUUCUGACAUUACAUGAACUCCUUUCUCAAACUUCCGACUCCAUGGCCCUUAACAUAGAAAUUAGUAAGAGAACCUCUGAUAUCCUGCUAUUUCUGUCUUUUUGUAUCCUUCUUAACCGAAUUCCUUUACUAGAGUACCCUAUGCUAUUUGAAGCUGCCGUUGAUUGGAAAUCAGACAUAAUCGCUAUUGAAGUGAAUUUAUUCGUGGACACCAUCCUGUCGAGCAUUCUCUCACAUCCGACAUGCCGCGGUCGUCCCAUCAUGCUCUCCUCCUUCAAUCCGGAGGUUUGCAUACUUUUAUCCCUCAAACAAGAUUUAUUUCCGAUAUUGUUUCUCAAUGAUUCUGGGAAUUAUCACACAGGCGACGUGAGGGCAUCAAGUUUGCAGCAAGCAAUAAAUUUCGCAACAAGUUGGGGGCUUGAUGGAAUUGGCAUGGCUUCGGAACCAUUUGUGUUCGCACCAAUGCUGAUUGGGGUCGCAAAAGGAAGAGGUUUAGUGACAGCCAGCUAUGGUAUUCUGAACGAUGACCCCGAAUGCGCUAAG